AUGAAGGUUAUUAUUUUUGCUGUAUGGAUUAUUGGCAUUAUUGUUGCGAACGUACAUGCCAAACCGACGGCAGUCGUUUUCACGAAAGAUCCAGAAGCCAAGUUUCUCAAUCUAGAACGACUACCUGAUGAAACUGAGGGACAUGCGAUUAAUGCAUCACGCAAAGCGCGCGGUUUGGUAUUAAUGGGCAAUGGUGCACGUUGGUCUAAUGGAAUCGUUCCCUAUCAGUUUGGAUCAGGAUAUACCACCCAGUUACAAGCAGAUGUUGUAACUCGGAUGCGCAAAAUAGAAAAUUUAGUUGCUAUCAAUAAUGCUCGAUGUAUACAGUUUCGACCAAGAGUCUCAACAGAUUUAUAUUACAUCACAAUACAAAAUGGUACAGGUUGUUCUGCACGGCUUGGACAAAGUACUGGGAAUGUGACAUUACAAUCUCCAGGUUGUUCUGAUGAUGGACGAACUUUUCAUGAACUUCUUCAUGCAUUAGGUAAAUCCGAGAUGAAAGAACGGGAAUGCCUUUUUCAUGAGCAAUCACGAAGUGAUCGUGGAUUAUAUGUUAAAGUAUAUCCCGAGAAUAUGCAAACAGGAGCCGAUCAGCAAUACCUGAUCUAUGAGAAUCCGAUGGCUGAUAUGCUUAAUAGUUCAUACGAUUAUUCAUCAGUUAUGCACUACGCGAAAUAUGAUUUCUCGAGCAAUGGCAAACCAACAAUGGAACCUAUUCAAUCAAACAUUAAAAUUGGACAACGUUACAAUUUAAGUAACGGUGAUAUUCAACUAAUUCGUCGAUACUAUAAUUGUUCAUCAAAUGGUCCUACAUUACCACCGUUCACAAUACCAAUCGAACCAGCAUAUCCAUCCAUGUUACUUUCGACUUAUUCCAGUGAACUGACAAAUCAAAACUUAAUGUAUAAUCGUAAUGGUAGUUCAUUGCCUAACUUCUACUAUGAAGUUAUUAAUGUAACAGUCCCAGCAGCUGGUUCAUAUAUUUUCCAGUGCUACAGUAAUAUUGAUACAUUUGGUUAUAUUUAUAAUCAAGCAUUUUACCCGUUGAGUCCGGCUAUGAAUUUAAUAAACGCCUUUGAUGAUGAAAAUAUUGAGAGAUGGGAAUUUAGUUUUAUGUUGACCUUUAAUUCUCCAGACACAAGUCUGCUAGUUGUUACCACUUACAAUCCUAAUAUGACAGGAUCAUUUCUCAUUGCUGCCAGUGGAUACAAUAAAGUAACUUUUAAUCGUACAGUUGGUACUGCUCAAAUAACAAGUAGUACUUCUAUCACCACUACCACCACCCCGAAGACAACAACAACGACAACAAGCAGCACUUCUACCACCACUACCACCACCCCGAAGACAACAACAACGACAACAAGCAGCACUUCUACCACCACUACCACCACCAAGACAACAACAAGCAGCACUUCUACCACCACUACCACCACCAAGACAACAACAAGCAGCACUUCUACCACCACUACCACCACCAAGAUAACAACAAGCAGCACUUCUACCACCACUACCACCACCAAGACAACAAUAACAACGAACACUAUAUUGGAUACUGGUCGUUGGUCAGAAACAGGUUCACUUGCGAGAGGUGGCGGUGAACAUACAUCAACUCUUCUUCCUGAUGGGCGUGUCAUCACUUUAGGAGGUAAUGGGGGCCAAGAUAGAAUGGAAAUUUACAAUUCAACAACACGAACAUGGAUUGGAGGUCCAUCAAUGAUGAAUUAUCGAUCAUGUCACACUGCCACUCUCUUACCAGAUGGUCGAUUAUUUGUAGCGGGUGGUGGAUAUAAUGGUGUAUAUUUUAAUACUGCUGAGAUUUACAAUCCUGUGAAUAAUAAAUGGACCGCUGUUAGCAAUAUGACUUUUGCUCGAUAUGGACAUGCAGCAGUCUAUCUACCAGCACCAAUGAAUAAAAUCUUAGUCAUGGGUGGAUAUGGAGAUCCGAAGAUAUCUUGGUUUUUGCAGUCAUGCGAAUUAUAUGAUUUCGUUUCAAAUAAGUGGACAAUCACUACUUCCAUGAUUAAUAGACGAGUCUAUUUUUCAGCUGCAUACUUACUAUCUAUGAAUAUGGUCGUUGUCUUAGGAGGUGGCGAUAACUCAGCAGAAAUGUUUGAUGUAUUAACACUACAAUGGACUCAGAGUUUGAAUACAGUGUCAAACUAUAGAUCGGAUUACACAGCUACAUUACUUCCCAAUGAACAAUUUUUAAUUACUGGUAGUGGUGGUCAAUUUAACACUGCAAAUUAUUUAUUUGAUCCAAGAACAACACUAUUUAAAGUUGCAGCAAAUACUACGCAAGGACGAAUUACACCUACUGCAACUCUAUUACCAUCCGGAUUAGUUCUUCUAAGUGGUGGAAUGUUAGGCAACGGUUCAAUGUAUCGUUCGGCUGAAAUUUAUGAUUAUCGCCUCAAUACAUGGCGUUCUGUAGCAGACAUGAACAUUGCUCGUUUUCGUCACACAUCGGUUGUUUUUACUAAUUGUUCUUCGUCAUCACCAACAACAGUACUUGUUAUAGCAGGACAGAAAGACUGGAGUAGCACACUCUUUGCUAGUUGUGAGCUUUUCUCGAUCAAUGCUUGA